AGGAGGAACGACAUCGCGAUCGCACACCGAUCGAACCUCGAAACGAACGAACGUUUUUGUGUGAAGUGAAGUUACGAUUGCCGGCCACCCCCCCCCGCCCAGUCCUUAUCAGCUGGAACUGGCUGGAAAGGUACGUGAAAGUGCAGUGUCCUGGUGCCUCGAACGAGAUACGAAGACAGCAUCGGUACAUCGGUGCAUCGGUGGUUCUAAAAUUGGAAAAAACAUCAUCGCUGGAACCAUUAACGGGAGUGCUGCUGAUAAUAAUGCACCGUGGCGAACAAGUGUAAACGAGCAACUGUGGGUCGAUACGCUUCGAAUGCGCAUCCUUUAUCAGUGCUGCUGUGCUGUUGUUGAUCCGUUGCACACUGCAACUGCAGCGGCGCCCUCGUAAAGUGCAUUCCUCGGUGCAGACGAAGCGAAUGGCAGGCAAAUUCCGGUCGCCAGUGUGUCGCUCGUUCGUUAUGUGUGAUUGUGAGUACUCCGAGCUAGAGCAUCGUUAUCAUAAGUGAAACAACAGUGCAACUCGCGCACGCAGUGAACAAAAUAAGCAUAUUUUUUUUGCCGUGAGUUUAGUGCAGUAACAGUGAAAAAGAAGUCGGAUCUCCAAAAUCAGUUCCCCAGGCGCACCGAGCCAAGCCGAUCGUAAGAAGUUGCGAAUUGCGGGUCCCUUUUCUGUAAACAAGAACAAACGAAAGGAAAAAAAAAUCACCCGAAAGAACUCGCUGAAACUGCGUCAAGAAAGUGGCGAAGAAGCAAAAACCAUCCGUCGACACCGUCGUCAACAGAGUUCACUAACUCACCACAAGCGAGCGUAUCGAGUGUCCGUUCCCGUUGAUUAAUCGACAGCGUGGCCGGCGACAAAAAGGGAUCACAAACCUCCCCCGGCUGAAACACACCCCAAAAACAGUGUUUCAUACUAUUUCGUGUGCAUGCGUUCGUGUGUUUUUUUAGUGCCUAGUGUGUCUCCGAUUCGCUACGAUUCGUUGGAAAAAUUGCGCGGCGUAAGAAGUGUAGACCUCUAAUCAAAACCGCGCCAAGGGAUGAAGGAAAAAGAAGUGAAGAUAUAAGUGGCAAAACAGAGAAGAAAGAAGAGAAAAACGAGUGAAAAAAAGAGAGAAAAAGUUGAUCAAAAUUGCGCACCGCACCGCAAUUGAGCGUAGCAAAACAAAUAUCAGCGAAAGGAAAAAGCGAAGCAUCAGAAUCAUCGCGCGCGCGCGCUUGCUGAGCAUAAAAACGGGCAAAUUGAGUUGCCAAGUGGGUGAAUGUGCUAUGCUGUUAUGUUCAGUAAAGUGGCAAAAGAAAACGAAGAUUAGCAGAGUGAAGCUGUGACAAAAAGCCGAAAAAGCAGCAGCAGCAGCAGCUACAACAUUUGUCCUAAAAGUGUGCCUGUGUAUGUGUGCGUGAUAAGCAUAAAUCGAUUGCAACUCGAUAGUCGCGCCGCCGUCGUCUAGCCUGCUAGGAUCCGGUUUCGGCGACCGUUUUGUGAAAAACAAACACGAUCGAAGCAAACACGGCAACGGAAGCCACCGUCGUCGUCGUCGUCGUCCGUCAGCUAGAGUGUUAAUUGAAUCGUUUGACGAUUGGCACCAGCGCCUCUCCUCCGGCCACUCACAAAAGAUGCUGAAACACGUGCAGAUAUCACCGAUGCGAAGCCGGGCCGAUUCGCUCUCGAUGCGUUCGUCCACCUCGUGCGCCUCAUCGCUUUGCGGCAGUCCGGAGCCACCGAGCGAUCAGCUUCGCAGCCACUCGAGAGCCUCCAGCUAUUCCAGCCUUAACGAAACCAUUCCUCAGACCACAAUUAAGAUCUACACCGCCUGCCUACGCCAGGACAUCGAGUACAAAACGUUGGGCAUCUCGUACGACGCCACCAGCAAGGGUGUUGUGCAGCAGGUUCUCCGAAGAUGUAAGAUGCGUCAUCGAGAUCCACGACUCUUCUACCUAACGAUGGAGGUGACCGUUCGCCGGCCGGGCGUGAAAUCCGUGCUCGAGCUGGACGAUGAAGCUCGGCCGGCACUGCUGCAGGCCUGCCAUCCGAAGGGUGACUCCAGAUUUUGUCUUCAGCAAAAACCUGGCGGUCUGAUUCGGGUCCACACGUCCGCCCUGCAGCCCAACUCUCAGUACAAAUCGUUGCUCAUCUCGGAGGAGACGACCUCGGACGAGCUGCUGUCGCUGCUGCUGUCCUGCUACAACUCGCUCGAACCGGUCGAACAGUUCUCGCUGUACGAGGUGUGCCCGGGCCAGGAGUACCAGCGGAAGCUCCAUCCGGAUGAUCUGCCGCUCAAGACGCAGCUGCAGCGUCAGCAGAAGGGCGAAAUCAUGCACUUCCUGGUGCGCCGCAAUCCCAACUAUCCGCGGCGCCGCCAACUGCUUGCGACCAUCGCCGAAUCGAAGCACUUCAUACGGAACGCACCGACGAACGGCGGUCUAGACGGCGCGAAUGGUCAAUCCCAGCCAAUCCAGAACCACCAUCAACCACACCAGCAUCAUCAUGCGCAUCAACAUCUUCAUCAUCAUCAUCAUCGACUAUCGCUACACUCGACGACGGGCACCGGAUUCACAUUGGGGACGCUCUGCGGACCGGUUACCUCACCGACCAACUCCUUCAUCUCGGACAUUGUCGAUGGGCUGUCCUCGUUGAACGAUCUGCCAUGUGAGACGAACAGUUUACGGUUAAAGGACAGCUCCUUCUAUCGGCCUUCCUCACUGGACGAUUCUACCGCCUCAACGGACUCGAACGACUCCACGGAAUCCUCGGCCUCGUCCUGCUCUUCCUUUUCCUCCCUUUCGUCCGAUUCUUCGUCCUCCUCGACGGCUUCAUCGUCGGCCGCCGAGCUUACCUUCGCCGAGGAUGAACACGACGCCGAAACGGACACCGAUACGGACACUUCGACGUUGCGCCGUCAAUCCGAUAUCGCGACACUCACGAGGCAGCAUCAGCAACAGAACAACAACGAGGAAUCCACACCGUGCCAGCAGUGUCCCAGCAAACCGGCUACAACCGGCGGUUGGCGUCACUCGGAACCGGCCCCGGAACUGACGGCACCACCGGAAAUCAAAAGCAAAAACAGUGCCCAACACCAGCAGCCACCACCACGGCCCGCUAAAUCGUCGUCCAUGCUGGCGGCACUUAGUAAACCUUCGCUCCCUGCCUCUCCGUUGGCCGCUCCGUCGUACAAUCCCGUGUACAACAUUCGCGAGAUACGCACCGUGAGCCAAUCGUUCUCGGCACUCGGGAUCGAUAAGAAGUUGGCUGACAUUCGCUCGUCGGUUAGCUCUAGUGCGGUAGCUGGUGCUGGUGCUGGUGCGGCUACUGCCUCGGUGGUGCGUAGUUCCGUCGUAAAGGAAAUGGUUAAUACGGAUCCGGCGAAAGGUGUCGGUAACUUUGUCUACAUCUAGACGCUACGCGUCCCGUACCGGACUCCGUGCGCCCCUUUUUUAUCGUCCUAGUCUUGAUAGUAGCGCGUGUAGUGGUAGUGCAAGCUGAACCUGCAAUAAACCUAAGAAACUGUGACAGUACCGGCCACCGAAAUGGGCUCCAUACAGCGUCGCGUUUGUUGAGAAGCAGAGAGAGACAGAGAGAGAAAAAGAGAGAGAGCAGAAUGAUGGAAAGGAAUGGUUCUUCCCGAUGGUUCCAUUUUAUCACCCUAGAAUGAUGUACAGAUUACCAGUUACUGAUGAAAGGACUGUACACCGCAGGGUACAUGCUGGCCAGGAUUGUCGCUCAAUGCCACACCACAAGGCAUUGGGCGCGAGGGAACGAGAUCGAUCAACCUGGGAAACAAUGAACGCUGUAUGCCAAAGAGAUUUUAAACGUUAGAUAGUAGUCGUUAGGGACUAGCAUUUAGUAUGAACUAGAAUGAGCAAGUGAGAGAGCGAGAGGGCCCAAGCGGAGUUUGCCCAUUAGCCAAAGCGCCCCAAAUACCUUCCGGUUCUGCCCAUCGGGGGGAAACACUAACGCCUCAGUCUCUGGGCGGUGUUUCGUGGCGUGACUCCUGCCCCGAAAAUCAUCAUAAAUACCAAAUGAACAGUUUACGAAUCUAUGAAUCUAUCCGCGUGACUCUCUAUUAAAGGUGACUCCUACUCGUACUAUAUGUUUGCUUGCUUGCUUGCUAUCGCUAUCCGCAUGCCGCAUGGAAUCUAUACUUUCGUUAAAGGUUUUAUUAAAAUAUAAAAAGCUUAUCGAAUUAUUCAAAUUAUUGUUUGUUAUACUCUCGGUGCAGUUAUACUCUCACGUGUUUCGAAUGUGUCUGUCUCAGCGUAAUCUUUUAGCUUUUCUCUCAGAUGUGUAUAGCUCUCCCCUUUUUAUGUUGUGUAAGUAAGUUAUAAA